AUGUUUUGCAAGGACAACGGUGCAGUCCAUGGCCUCCGGCUCCUGCAGCUGCUAAUCGCCACCAUCCUGGCUGCUGUGCUGGUCAUGGCCAGUGGUCACCAGUUACCCCCCGGCAGCCACAAGCUGUGUGGUUCCGCCCUGUCCGAUGCCAUGGAUGUGGUGUGUGCCCACGGCUACAACUCUCUGCCCCAGAAGCGCGGUGUCCCAUCGUCGUCGUCGUCGGGCGAUGAGGAGAAUGAGUGGCAGUCUCUGGCAGGGGCAUUAACAGGAACAGGAGUAGGAGUAGGAGCAGGAGCAGCAGUUGGCUAUGGCUACUCCUUCAGUCCCCUGCUAACCAAUUUGUAUGGGGCCGAGGUCCUGAUCAAGACGCGUCGCCACAGGAGACAUCUGCCCGGUGGUGUCUACGAUGAAUGCUGCGUGAAGUCCUGCUCCUACGAGGAACUUGCCGCCUACUGCCUGCCCAAAUAGGACACUUAACUC